GUCACUUCCCGUCGCCGGCGCAGGCUCCUCUCGCGACAUGACGUCCGGCGCAGAGCCGCGGGUGCGGCGGCCGGGAGUCGGGAUAGGAGUAGUGGUGACCAGCUGCAGGCAUCCUCGCUGCGUCCUCCUGGGGAAGAGGAAAGGGUCGUUUGGAGCCGGCAGUUUCCAACUUCCCGGGGGCCACUUGGAGUUCGGUGAAAGCUGGGAAGAAUGCGCUCAAAGGGAACCCUAAGAAGCAGCUCUUCACCUGAAAAAUGUUCGCUUUGCCUCGGUUGUGAAUUCUUUCAUUGAGGGAGAGAACUACCAUUAUGUCACCGUAUUGAUGAAAGGAGAGGUGGACACCACUCAUGAUUCAGAGCCAAAGAAUGUGGAGCCUGAAAAAAACGAAAGUUGGGAGUGGGUUCCUUGGGAAGAUUUUCCUCCCCUGGACCAGCUUUUCUGGGGACUACGUUGUUUAAAGGAACAAGGCUACGAUCCAUUUAAAGAAGAUUUGGAUCAUCUGGUAGGAUACAAAGGCAAUCACCUAGAGGUGAACAAGAAGAUUCCUUAAUUUUUUUUUUUUCUCAUAAAAGGCAAAAUAAGGUCCUGCUAGGGAAUGAAAAACAUCUACAUUUAAGAAUAACUUCAUUUUAUUUAAAAAGCCCCAUAUGAGUAUCUGUUGAGUUGCAAUCUCUUAAUAGACCCAGCACCCUUUCAGCCAGUACUUGUGAACAAUUUUCAGGGAUUGUGUCAUGACUUGUAUUUCAGACUCAAAAAAAAUGUGAUAAACGGUGAUACUGUGGUGAUUCUGCUUUCCGUAUUUCUCUUUGAUGUUAACCCUGCUGUUUGUAUUACCAGCGUGCAUGGAGGAGAGUUCAGUAGAGCUAGGUGUUUCAGUUCAAAUACUAACACAGCAUUGCCAUUCCAGAAUUUACCACGUGUGUUGAUUUUCCUCUUGUUUUAUUUAAAAUAAAAAUGUUUGGGUAUUACCUUGUGACAGUCCCUGCAAACAGGACAAGCCAUUAGGGUGUAUUUCCCAGAUUUCCACUUGAGAACCCAAACUAAGGGAAGUGAGAUAAACGGUCCAGGAUCUGCAUCCCAUCAUUAACAGCCAUUUUUGAUUUUUCUCUCAAUCCCUGUGAGAUCCAGCUUCCUUAUGUGUAAAAUGUGAUCAGACUAGGGCAGUGGUUCUCAGAGUGCAUCCCUGGGAGUGCUUGAGACCCUUUCAGGGGCUUUCAGGAAUAAAGCUAUUUUGUCUUAAGAUGAC